ACCAGUUAUGUUUACACAACUGAAAGCGCGAAGUGUCGCCGUACGCCGCGAGCGGACGUCCGCCGGCGUCGCAUCGCUAAUGCGCUAUGCACUUAGCUCAAUCACUGCUAAAUGUAUGUCGUCUUUUUGUCAGACCGAUAUAUUUAAGCCGAAUUUUUUCUUUUGGAAAUGUUUUGGGAUAUGGGGUGGCAGGACCGAGAACAAAAAUUAUAAAUACUAUUCAUUUUCAUACCUCUUUGUCACGCUUUUUGUUUACAACAUACUUUUAACAAUAAAUUUGAUAUACACUCCAUUGAAAAUCGAGUCAUUAAUUCGCGAAGUGAUAUUUUAUUUCACGGAAAUAGCAGUUACAGCUAAAGUUCUGAUGAUCCUUGUUAUGCGAAGUAAAAUUAUUGAGGCCUUUAAUUUGCUGGACUGUAAAGAGUUUCAAGGCGACGACGAAGAAAGUAAAGGGAUUAUUGAAACUAAUAAUUCAUAUUACAGAACUUGUUGGAAAUUGUAUGCUGUAUUGUCAAAUGUCUCAUAUUCCUCGCAAGUAUUUGCCCCGUUAUUCAUAAAUUUGAUAUGGACAGCUAAAAUAGAAUUACCUGUGUGUAAAUAUUACUUCUUAAGCGAUGAAAUGCGUGAUAAAUAUUUUAUUUUCUGGUUCAUUUACCAGUCUUUUGGUAUUUAUGGCCACAUGAUGUACAAUGUGAAUGUGGAUUCAUUUAUAGCUGGACUAAUUUUAAUGGCUAUUACCCAAUUAAAGGUUUUGAAUGCGAAGUUUACAAACUUUAAAUUAGAGAAGAGGCACAAGAAACGCCGGAUUCUUAUUCAGGAUAAAAUGCAAAUAAUGCGUCUAAAUCGAUAUUUAAAACAUUAUGAUUGUGUGUUGAGAUACUGCGCGACAAUCCAGGACAUAUUAAGCGUUACGAUGUUUGUUCAGUUUGGAAUGGCUUCAGCUAUUAUAUGUGUGGUAAUGUGCGGAUUAUUGUUGCCAUCAACAACAGAAACAUUCGUGUUCAUGUUGACCUAUUUAUUUGCUAUGACGAUGCAAAUAUUCGUGCCGGCCUGGCUAGGCACACAGCUCAGCCACGAAAGUUGUGGGUUGGUUUUCGCCGCGUACAACUGUGAAUGGAUACCUCGGUCAAUGUCGUUCAAACGGAGCAUCAUGAUCUUCGUGGAACGCGCUAACAAUCCGAUCCAGUUGACAGGACUCAAAAUGUUUCCGUUGUCACUGGCUACUUUCACAUCGAUUAUGAAAACGGCGUACUCUUUCUUUACUUUAUUUAGAAAUCUGCAAGAUCACGAAGACGGCGUAAAUUAAAACAUUAAUUUGGGCGGAAAAUAUAUUAACCGUAGUUUUUUUGUUUUCACACAUAAAAAUAUUAACGUUAUAUCAAAUGCACAUUAAAAUUAUA